AAACGUCCGGGCUUUGAGCACAGCUGAUGCUUCACCAGAACAGCCACUGGAUGCCUUUCCAAACGGGAGAGAUCAGAUCUCUGACCUGUAGCUGAGGGUAACCCUCUGAGAAGCGGAUGAAGAAACAAAUCUUACUACUUUUCACAUACAGAGGACUAGUGAGCAAAGGAAAAAAGAGUAAAAGAAGAAAAUGGCCAAUUUUAUAUUACGGAAAGCCGAGCCCAAGGACGUGUCUGACAUACUGCGACUCAUAAAGGAACUGGCAAAAUUUGAGGAAAUGGAAGAUCAAGUUAUUCUCACUGAAAAAGAUCUCCUGGAGGACGGUUUUGGAGAUCAUCCUUUCUAUCACUGUAUAGUGGCUGAAGUGCCUAAACAGCAGCAGAGCGCUGACGGUCAUGUGAUCAUUGGCUUUGCCAUGUAUUAUUUUACCUAUGACCCCUGGAUUGGGAAGCUGCUCUACCUGGAGGACUUCUACGUCAUGAAGGAGUAUCGGGGUGUGAAUGUGACCUUAUGCAUUUGUAAAUCAUCAGAUUGUCAGAUUUAUGAGACACCGUCAUGUAACACACUUUUCCUUCUGCUCAAAUUAGGUUUUGGAAUUGGGUCUGAAAUCCUGAAGAAACUGAGUCAGACGGCGGUCAGGACUCGGUGCAGCAGUAUGCACUUCAUCGUGGCGGAGUGGAACAAACCCUCCAUCGAGUUCUACAAGCGGCGCGGAGCUUCAGAUCUCUCUCUGGAGGAAGGGUGGAGGCUCUUCAAGAUCGACAAGCAGAACCUCCUCAAGAUGACGAAUGAGGAGUGAACCAGAUGGCAGGAGGAAACAUGUAGUGUUGUGUUUAGUCUGUGAUUGACCCUCUGGUGGACAGAUCGUCACAUGUCAUUUUGAAGCAUUCAGGGUGUGAUGUUACUUUCAAAACCUUUGACUCUUACCCAUAAUUCUAUAUAGCUGUCCUCUUUAUAUGUCAUUGUGGUUUUUUAAUAACAACAAGUAUUAAAUAAUAAAUGUAUGCAAAUUAGUGCAUAUAUAAAGUAACAUAACAUGUCGGAAAACUUGUAGUACAAAACAAUUACUGUGAUUAAUCAAUGAUAUCUAUUUGUUAAAGUUUUUACCCUGUUCACCCAGGUGAAUAGGUGUUUUAAUAAAAGCACUAUUUAAUAUA